GUUUUUUAAACAUUUUUUAAAAUUAGGAUGCAUGUAUGAAAUAAUUGAAAGUAUUUGUUUUUGUAACAUAAUUUAAAUAUUGUAAAUCCUGAAUUUUAAUACCAAAUUGUUACAUGUUAAUAGUUACACCAAACAAAACCACCAAUGGUAAAUCUAAAAUAGUAAAAAUGCCGAUUACUAUACACUGGCCGCGGAUGAUUCAUUAUGCACGUUGACCAGGAUUGGCAAUAUGCGGUCAAAAUUACGUGCAUUGGGUUCUUAGCUGUGAUCGGCGCAUUUUUCAACAUUGUUGUACUAGUUAUGUUUUAUAAAAAACCUUCACUUCGAUCUCCUUCAAAUAGAUUUGUUGGCAGUCUCAUUGCAUCUGAUUUGCUGUCUUCUAUAAUUCUUGGCCCUUUACUGGUAUCUGACGUUAAAAACGUAAAUAAAACAUUAAUCGUGUUCGUAGCUACUUCGACCAUUUUUUCAAUACUUGUUAUAGCUAUGGAUCGGUAUACUGCAGUAUUGAGCCCACUACACUAUGCUACAAAUGUAACAAGACAAAAAAGUGCUUUUGUCAUAGGUGCCGUUUGGAGUAUUUCGGCUGCUUUGGCAUCUCCAAUAUUAUUUAAAGAAUUCUUAAUUCAUGAUAAAUUAUCUAUAUCAGUCACGGAAAAGACACACGGCAUGGUGUUGUUGUUAACAGCUUUUAUUGCGCCCUGUGUCAUGCUAAUUCUUGUUUAUUUCAAAAUGUAUGUAGCAGCUCACAGAAAUAGCUUGCGAACGCGCAAACACAGUGUGUGCAAUGAACCGGAUUUGUCACGGCGCAAUUCCAAUGCUAUUUUUUCUGCACUACUGUUCCGCGAAGAAAGCAGAGCUAUGAAAACGUCCAUGAUGGUGUUGGCCACUUAUCUGUUCAGCUGGACGCCACUGUUUUUAAGCGUUUCCGUUGUCCGAGUACCGGACGAACUAGUGCAAACGUGUGCGUUGUCCGCAGCUACCCUCAACCCGUUGGUGUACGUGUUUCGCAACGACGUGUUCCGCAAGGAGAUCCUUCGAAUGAUUUGUAGCCGCAAAAAAUUACGUGCUUCCGCAGCCGCCAAGAUGGGCAAGUACCAUCAGCAAACUCGAUUGGUGGCCAAUCAAACGGACAGUGUAUCUGUUCAUAGCUUUCACAUGACGUCUAUCGACUGCCAACAUUCGUUCGAUUCUGUAACACCACCGGCAGCAGCCGAUUUCAUCGCUACUUACAAUCCGAUGAAUGGAUCGGAACGGUGCAAUCGUUACGAGAGUGUCACUUUCCGUCUGGCCCAGAGACGGUGUCAAUACUGCAGCAGACAGAGUUCUGAUUCUUCUUUAAGCAGUAAUUAUCCAUUAUUAAUGGGAAAAAAUAAACCUUCCAGCGAACCCAACACGCCUAAACACAACAACAACGACAACCGUAUCGUAAUGUUUAAGGUUGCCGAAGUGGAGAUUAAAAGACACAAAUUACAAAGAAUGUUAGCUAUAGAUAAUGAAAUCCCAUCAACCAGGGUGUAGAUACUAACGUUAUAUGUAUUAAAAAAUCGUCAAUAUUGGCGGAAUUUUAAUUUUAUAAAAAAUUUGUAAUCAGCUUGGAAAAAAAUUUAAGUAUUCUUAGCAUUUAGUUUAUGAAAAUUAUAUUUUUAUUGUUCGAGAAAAGAUAUUUUCCCAAUUAUUUAUAUUAAUUAAUUAGUAGUCGUAAAAGUAUUAUGUAACCUAAAAAUGAAUUAAUUUUUUAACGGCAAAAAAAUUAAAUGGAAUAUGUUUUAGUGUAUUUAUUUGAAUACUACUUAUGUUAACAUUUAAAAGUAUAAAAAUAGUUUAUUAUUGUAUUAUUUCUUUAAAAUUUACAUCAUUGUAAGUGACAUAGCUGAUUGGUAUUUGAAGAUUUGAAAAUAAUAAGACCUAACGUGCAUAAUUUUAUCUAUUUACUCUAUAGUAUCGUAAGCCGAUAAAUGCUUGACUUAUAUCAAAUUUAUUAGUAAUAUACAUAACCAAUUCAAUCAGAGCGAUUGGUUGGGUUUCUCAGAAAAAAUUUUAAAUAUAUUUUUCCUUUUAUGUUUUUAAAUUUUUAUAAUUUGUAUAUUUCUUACAUUAACUGUAUAAAAUGUAUACGUAAAAUUUAUAAAAUUAUCACAAAUAAUUUGUAAUAGCCUUUAUUAGAUAUUUAGGGUAUUAUCUUAUGUAUUAUUGUAUAUAAUAUACAGAGGAGUAAGAAAACCGGUAAACUGUUCUCAUUGUUCGUAACAUUUAACAUGUUCCUUACUUUAUGAAUACUCAGUAUAUCAGUAAAAUGUUGUAUUUCUUAACAAUAUUUGAAAAUAUUUUACUAGUACUAUAGGUUAAUACGUUUAAAACAAUAAUAGAUAUUUAACUACCCCAAGUUGGCCCAUUUGUUGGUAUAUAGUGUUCAAAAAGUAAAGAAACAUUUAAUUGUAACAACAAGAAUAAUGGAACCCCUUUUCUUUACUUAUUGAGCACUUGUGUACAAUAUUUCCUCAGAAUAAUUUUUUUAAAAAUUUUUCUGACCUUUGAAAAAGUUUUAUUUUUUCAGUUUUAAUUCACAUUAUUUAUAUUCAGUUAUUCACAAAAAUGUGACUGUCAAAACUUAAUUUAAAAAUGUUAUCAAAUUUACUAACUCAAUUAAAUGGAGUAUUGAUUUGAAUAUUUGAUUCAAUAGUUUAAUUCGAAUUCAAAAAUUUUAAUUCCAUACAUCUUUUAAUAUUAUGAAUAAGCAUGUGAAAUAUAGAUACAUAUGGCACUUGGGUAUAAAAAGACCUAUCUAUAAAAACAAAUAAAAAAUCAUUAAGCCCUUAAAAACAAAGAAAUAAUAUUAAGUUAUGUAAUAAUUAAUUAUAAUAAAAAGACAUGAAUAUAAAUAAUUUUUUUUCUAAACUUAACUAAAUCUUGUAUUUAAUUAUUAAUCAUUCAUGAUUGUAUAAAUAUAAAAUUAGAGUUAUGUUACUAAUAUGUUUAAGAAUACUUAACUAUAAUUUACAUUGGUGCGUUAAAUAAAUUUAAAGAAAUUAUAUUUUGCAAUAGUAGAUAAUUCUUAUAAUUAUAAUUUGUAGGAUUUCAUUUAAAGAAUUUCCUAAUAGAACUAUAAAAUUAAAAAUGCAUGUUACCAUUGUUAAAUAAUAUUUUACUUAGUUAUAAUUUUUUAAUUUGUUUUACAAACAAAUGACAUGUAAAAUGAUAUCUAUUAACUUAUUGGGAGAUUUAAAUAAACUACCAAUGAGCUAACUUGCGUUACAUUAAAAAAAAAUUCUGAAAAACCAAUUUUAUAAUAUUUAUCAUUUAAAUAAUUGUAUGCCUAUGUUUAGAUAUUAUUUUGAAAUACAAA